GCCAUUGUUUUGCAAAAUUAUCCAGAAAAAAAACCAACAACAUUGGAAGAACCAAAGGGUAACCAAAUGGCGAAUCGUCUUCCUCUUCCUCCUCAUCAUCCCUGUUUUCUCCUCUUCACCAUCCUUCUCGCGGCCAUGGCCACAGAAGCUCAAGUCCCUGCAAAUGAAACCUUCCAUUUCAUAAACCAAGGCGAAUUCGGCGACCGAAUCAUCGAAUAUGACGCCAGUUACCGCGUAAUCCGAAAUGAUGUUUAUACCUUCUACACAUUCCCCUUCCGUCUCUGUUUCUAUAACACCACCCCUGAUUCCUUCAUCUUCGCCAUUAGAGCCGGAAUCCCUCGCGACGAGAGCUUAAUGCGAUGGGUUUGGGACGCCAAUCGCAACGACCCAGUUCGUGAAAACGCCACUCUCACCUUCGGCCGCGACGGCAACUUCGUCCUCGCCGACGUCGACGGCCGUAUCGUCUGGCAAACCAACACCAAAAACAGAGGCGUCACCGGAAUCAAAAUGCUCCCCAACGGCAACUUAGUCCUCCACGACAAAAACGGAAAAUUCAUCUGGCAGAGCUUCGAUUACCCUACUGAUACUCUCUUAGUUGGCCAAUCUCUUCGAAUCGGCGGCCGUAACAAAUUAAUCAGUCGAAAAUCCGAAAUCGACGGCUCCGAUGGCCCUUACAGUCUUGUUUUAGAUCGAACCGGUCUCACAAUGUUCCUCUCCCACUCCGGUCAGCUUUUAACCUACGGUGGUUGGCCAGAUACAGAUCAAAUUAACAGAGUAACAUUCAGCGUCGAGCCAGAGAACGAAAACGCCACCGCGUAUGAGCUCCUUCUGUUGUUAAAUCGAGACACCCCAAGACGGCGACUAUUACAAGUCCGGCCAAUCAGAAGCGGCGGAGCAUUGAAUUUAAACAAAUUAAACUACAAUGCAACUUACUCGUUUCUCCGGCUAGGACACGACGGGAAUCUGAAGGCGUUCACUUACUACGACGGAACAAGUUACCUGAAAUGGGAAGAGAGUUUUGCGUUCUUUUCAAGCUAUUUCAUAAGGGAAUGUGCGCUGCCGAGCAAAUGUGGGGCUUACGGCUACUGCAGCAGGGGCAUGUGUGUGGCGUGUCCCAGUCCAAAGGGGCUUUUGGGGUGGAGCGAGAGCUGUGCGCCGCCGAAGACGCCGCCGUGCAGCGGCGGCGGAAAAGGGAAAUAUGGGUAUUAUAAGAUAGUGGGCGUGGAGCACUUCUUGAAUCCGUAUAAGGAUGAUGGGGAAGGGCCGAUUAAGGUUGGGGAUUGUAGAGCUAAAUGUGAUAGAGAUUGUAAGUGUUUAGGGUUUAUCUACAAGGAGUAUAGUUCUAAAUGCUUGAGGGUUCCAUUGUUAGGGACUUUGAUUAAGGAUAUUAAUUCCUCUUCUGUGGGUUACAUUAAGUACUCCCUUUAGGGAGAUGGUGGCCAAGUCCAAAUUCAAGCCUUUGAUCUUAUGAUCCAAAUUAUAGGUUCUUACUAACUAAACUAUGUUCAACUCAACUUGUGUUGUUUUUAUUGUUCUUAUUUGAAGAAGAAUAAAAGAGCUCUUUUUUUUUAAUGAAAGAAUUAUUUGUCUUACUUGUAA